CUGCUGCCCAUGUCAAUGGUGUCCUGCAGCUAACAAACUCCUAUCCGCUUCGAGCUGCUUGUCCAAGCCUCCCACUUCAGCCUGUGCCGUGCUUUCUCGUUGAGCUGCAUUGCUUGGCGAUGGACGUCCUCGUCCUCGAGCCUGCGUCUCCCCCGCCCGAGUCCGGCCGGUCCUCGCCGUCCCCGACCGCGUCCCCGGAGUUCGAGUUCUGGAUGGUCGGCAAGAACCCGGGCUCCUUCCCCUCCCCCGCCCUGCUCACCGCCGACGAGCUCUUCUCCGGCGGCAUUGUGCUCCCGCUCCACACAUUUCAGGCCCCUUGCCCCAACACCGACGAAGAAGCUGAUGAAGACGCCGAGGACGAGGGCGAGGAAGGCGCCGACGACGUCAAGGACAAGGAGCCCUGUGAGGGUGAAGGCGAGUUCCCCGCGCAGCCGCUUGCGGAGUCGUGCAGCGUCGCGCCGCCGGACCUCCCCACGGUGACCUUCAAGUGGAAGGACAUCUUCAAGGCGACCGGCGAGUCCAAGGACCGCGGCGGCAAGAAGAACGAGCGGCGCGUGAGCAGCGUCAGCGGCAGCUCCGAGCUCAUCAACAUCAACAUCUGGCCCUUCUCCAGGAGCCGCUCCGCCGGCCACUCUGGCUCCAACACCGGCGCCGGCGCCAUCAGCAAGGCUAAGGCUAGCAAUCCCAGCGCCAGCAACACAACUUGUGCCGUUGCGGCUACUGCUAGCGCACCGGCGUCGUCCGCAGCGCCGGCCGGGCGGAAGGUGAGCAGCGCGCCCUGCUCCCGGAGCAACUCCCGCGGCGAGACCUCCGGGCCGGCCGCGCCGACCGUCGCCAUCGCGGUGGCAGCCGAGAAGGCCGCCGCGCAGGCGGCGGGGGCAGUGCCGGCCACCUCCAUGCUGCGGAGGUGGGUUCCCGGCGGCCAGGGCAGAGCAGGGCCCACCGCCAACGGCAUCCGCCUGGGCCGUGCAAGCCCCGUCUGGCAGCUCAGGCGCAACAAGCUCCAGCAAGCCGCUGCCGCCGCCGAGCAGAAGAGGGACAGCACUGCCACCGACAAGAGCAACAAAGCCGUCCCAGACGUCGACGUCGUCAUCACCACAAGCCAAGCGGACGCCGGCGAAGAUGCCGAAACGGCCGCGUCGUCUGCGGCGGCGGAGAGCGUGAGCGCAGCGACGACGGCCCCGUGCCGGAACAACGCCGCCUGCUCGGACGCCGGCGGCGAGGAGUGCAUCCCGCCGCACGGGCUGUUCGGCCUCCGCCGCACCUUCUUCUCCAAGAAGGUGUACUGAUCCGACCAGCCAUCAUUCACCAUGCCAUGUUCAAUGUACAUAGGAUUGGAGCUGCUACAAUAGGCUCAUCAGUUCCACGAUCUUCCCUUCCGCUUGGGUUCAAGUUGAAUCCUCUUCCCAAGUAGCUUAAGCUUGUAAUCUUACUACCGUCUCUUGUACUG